CACUGCAUAUUUCAAGUCCAGAGUCACGGUCCAGCCGACCUAUCUUUCAAAAUGCAUAUCCUCGAGAUUAUUGCCUCAUUCGUCGUUAUAUCUACGACAUCACUAGCAGUCUAUGCCUCGCCAUCCUCUCCUCCAGAGGACAGAGCCGUGCAGCUAGCAGCUCGAGAUGGCGAGACGAUGCGCUUUUUCAAGCUACCAGACUUUGCCGGACCCUCCGAAGAGGUCAAGGUCACUCGCGACAGCUGCAUUAGAUUGGCACAGGACAAAAGCAUCGCUUGGCAUUCCAAGUCUGUUCAUUUACCGGAUCCGCCGGAGAAGUGGAGUUGUGUCCUGUUUAAUGAGGAAGAUUGUCUACCGCCUGCAAAGUCUAAGAGCUAUACCAUCACUAGCACUAGCCCUCUGGGGAAUUUGGCUGUUGCGGGGUUUGACACGUUUGGGUCAAUGAAGUGUCACCAUGCAUGAGCGGGUCUCGAACGCAUGAAGACGUCAACGGUGGAGGAAGUCUAGGAGAUCCACAUGCCGAGCUUCUGCUUCAGUGUGUCUCGGCGUACGAGGCUUUUAGCGGGAUGUUCCACCGCUCCUUGUAGCCCUCCUUUUCUUCGCGUUAUUGUACAACAUCCAGGCAAUGAUUAGAAGAAUGGCGAUUAUGCCGGAAGAUGCCGGCCCUGUCACUUUCCACACUUCCUUCUGGUUCGUGUUGCCGGAUUCUCCCGUAAACUCUACUACAUUCAUUCCGAAGUAUGAUGUGAAGAAGGAUAGUGGGAG